CGACGGGUUCUUUACGUGCUUCUGUAAACUGCAAAAACGAUUAUAAAUAGACCCUUUUCGUCGGGUAAAAAUCGCGGUUUAAAUUGCGCCGGAGAGCGAUCGGGCCGAGUUCGACUCUGUCGCCCUACUACAAAUAAACUUUAAUCGAUGGAAUAUGUAAUUCGCGGGCCACUGAUAGCAGGAAAAUAAAUACUGGCACCAGUGAGUCGAAAACAGUGUAAACCAGACGAUCGUUUCGCCGGGAUGUGCGACAAAAAGCAACAAUUUAACAGAGACGAGCACCAGCAUCUCAGAUACAACCCAUUGAGAGACGAAUGGAUUCUGGUGUCCCCGCACAGGAGCCUGCGCCCCUGGAGCGGCCAGGUCGAACCCGCCCCCACCGAAGACGUGCCCAAAUUCGACCCUAACAACCCCCUGUGCCCCGGCGUCACCCGACCCAACGGCAUGGUAAAUCCCGAUUACGAAUCCACCUACGUCUUCACCAACGAUUUCCCCGCGCUACUCGAGGAAGGCCCAUCGCCGGAGCCUUCGGACGACCCUCUGUUUCAAAUGCAAGCCGCCAAGGGCACGUGCAGGGUCAUUUGCUACCAUCCCCAUUCGAACGUCUACUACACCAACCUCACCGACCAGCAGGUGGUCACCAUCAUCGACGAGUGGAUCAACCAGCUGAAGGAGCUCGGCCAGAAAUACAGAUGGGUGCAGAUAUUCGAGAACCGAGGUCAAAUGAUGGGUUGCUCUAAUCCCCAUCCGCACUGUCAAAUUUGGGCGUCGACGUUCCUGCCCAACGAGGCCAAAAUCAAAGAUGCCAACCUGAGGCGAUUCUACGAAAAGUACAAUAAACCGUUACUCAUCGAUUACGUCGAAAAAGAACUAGUUAAGAAGGAGAGAAUCGUUUACGAGAACGAGUACUGGGUGGUGGUGGUUCCCUACUGGGCGGUGUGGCCCUUCGAAACGAUGGUACUACCGAAAAAACAGAUAGAACGAUUCACCGACAUGUGUUGCAUAGGAAAGAAAACUCUAGCGACGACUUUGAAAGUUCUAGUAGCAAAAUACGAUAAUAUUUUCAAAUGCAAGUUCCCGUACUCCAUGGGCUGGCACGGCGCACCUACAGGCGAAGACCUCUGCACGCCCCAACCCCAUUGGACCUUCCACGGGAUAUUCCUACCGCCUCUACUACGCUCCGCGACUGUCAAAAAAUUCAUGGUGGGCUACGAGCUGCUGGCGCAGUCCCAGCGGGAUCUCACCCCCGAGAAGGCCGCCGACAUACUGCGAAGCCAGCCGAACGAGCGGUUCGAGUAGAAAUAUAUACUGUGUGAACUAAGAAUUAAAAAAUUAUCGAGUAAUUACUCUCUAUCAUUUCGCACUUACUUGUACCAACCGAUUCCCACCGCUAUCAAAC